GACGCUGGUAGGUUUCAACCACUAGCAGUGUGUUUUUAUAUACCUACUUACGUAUGUCGGUCCUAAUAUACCUACAAUAUAUAUACAUCUCUGACUGCCAGUAUGUUGUGAUAAGUGGGAAUAUUAGUUUGCGGUUUGGAACACACAAUUGGUUAAUUUUUAGUUGUUGCUACAGGAAAGAAAAUCAGAAUGAAUAUCCCAGUAAGUUAUCGGAUCGUUUGUCUAAUGUCCAUACUGGUUUGUGAAGUGUUACUUACCGUUCCUGUGAGGAGGACAAGGUUUAACCCAGAGGUACGAAGACAACAGCAAUUUUCAAGGGGUGGCUUCCAGCACCCUCUCCUCAGACGCCAAUUCAACCAAAGAACAAAUAGUAAGACAAUUUACCGUAAUGGCCUCUCGCAUACAUACAUCCCUCGACUCACUAAUAACGUUAAAUUAUCCCCACAGCAACCACAGGGCCUGAGGGUGAAGAACGGCAUGGAUUACCUACCCCAAUGGGUCGUCGAGCGCUUCCCUAGUGGUCGUCAACAGAGGCAGUACGGAUUCUGUGAUAGACAGUAUGGGAUUAAUACCAUGUUAUCUGAAAUAACAAAACUUUUCCCCGGUAGGUUUAUGUCUGAAACAGGUGUUCGUCUUUCUGACGAGGAACGACGACAUAGGAGGCGACAGCGACAUAGGGACGAACAAUGGGAGUUCAACCCAGCCACAAAGAUCAGGGACACCAGCAUGUUAUCCGAUAGUGAGGCAUUACGACUAGACGGCAAUACUGUCGAGGUACCAAGACCAGCAUUCCCCAACAGCCAAAUAUUGGAUACUAAUAUACAACGCAACAUAAAUUCCAACAGAUUAUCGUCAUCGACUAACGACUUGACUGAUACACAGCCCCUUCCACAAGCUUCAUCUGGUCAGGCGGCUCGGCCAACUGACCCAAGGGCCUUUAGGUGUGAACCUACCUGCUGUGAAACAGAGAGGCUGCACGUUGUGUAUGACAAUGUGACAAUUAAUGGUGAGACGUAUUCCGUCAUCAACCUUGAGGAUGAGAAACAGUUCAUGAGCGUCGGCUUCUGUCCGGAGAGAAAUACGUGUGGGUUUGGUAGCUGCUUCCAGCAUUACUCAACACAGUUCAUCGUCAUUUGGAACAUCACUGUGGAUUAUUGGCCUCCAGUUGACCUAACACCGCAUGAAUUCCCCUCACAUUGUUCAUGGAUUGGAUAAGACGUCACACCCUAAGUAGCAAAGGUUAAAUGCUCUUAGGUCUCACCUCAGUACAUCUCAUUGACACGAGUCCAGAUCGCCAGCGAAAAGUCCGCUAGAGGUGUAUUACACUGCGAUCAUAUGACUUGUGUGAGUUGCAGGUCACGCCCACUGAGAAGGCGUCAUCGCCGCCCUCCACGGAAAAACCAACACGAUAACGAACUGACUGAUGGCUACUGGUGGCUUUCAGUACUAAUUAGAAUCACACCAUUACUGUAUUGGUGUAUAUCUGUCUGUGAUAACAAAUAUUAAAAUUUUAUUUUUGUCGUC